AUGGCGUCCACACACACCUCCAAGCAGCGCCUCGCGCUCGCCAUCUGCGACUUCCUCUCGGCCUCAACAAAUGACGGCACCCUCACAGCCGACGACAAGGACUCGAUCGACGUGGCCGUCAACUGCAUCGCCGAGUCCUUCAAGGUCGACCCCACCGACACCUCGGCCGUCGCCGCCGCCGUCGGAUCCCAGAACCUCCUCCAGAUCUACUCCGUCUUUGAAAAGGCCCGCGCCGACAAGCCCGCCGCCGCUGCCGCUUCUACUCCCGCCCCUUCCGCCCCCGAGCCUACCGAGGAGCAAAAGAAGGAGUCCGAGGGUCUCAAGUCAAAGGGCAACGCCGCCAUGGCCCAGAAGAACUAUGGCCUCGCCAUCGACCUCUACACCCAGGCUCUUGGCCUAAACCCCGUCAACGCCGUCUUCCUCUCCAACCGCGCCGCUGCCCACUCGGCCAACAAGGACCACGCCUCCGCCCGCGCCGACGCUGAGGCCGCCGUCAGCAUCGACCCCGGCUACACAAAGGCCUGGUCCCGCCUGGGCCUCGCCCGCUUCGCUCUCGGUGACGCUCGAGGUGCCAUGGAGGCCUACGCCCGCGGCAUUGAGCACGAGGGCAACGGUGGUUCCGAUGCCAUGAAGAAGGGCUACGAGACGGCCAAGCGCCGUGUCCAGGAGAUGGAGGCCGAGGAGGACUCGCUCAACCGCGCCGCCCCCGGUGUCGGUGUCGAUGUCAACGCCAACCCCGGUAUGCCCGACCUUGGCAACCUCGCCAGCAUGUUUGGCGGUGCUGGCGGCCCUGGUGGUGCCGGCGGUGGCAUGCCCGACCUUGGCAGCAUCAUGAACAACCCCAUGUUUGCCAACAUGGCCCAGAAGCUCAUGAGCAACCCUGACUUGAUGAACAACCUCAUGAGCAACCCUCGUCUGCGCGAGAUGGCCGACCGCUACUCUAGCGGCGGUGGUAUGCCCGAUCUCAACAGCCUGAUGUCUGACCCUCAGAUCGGUGAGAUGGCUCGAUCUAUGAUGGGCGGUGGUGGCCCUGGUGCUGGAGGCAACCCCUUUGGUGGUGCUGGUGGACAGGGCGGUGCGCAACAGUAA